CCCACCAAAUCACAAACAUUGAACCCACUACAAUCCUCUCUCAUCCCUUUUCUCCGUUUCUUACAAUACACUACCGAAUUUUUUUAUCAUAUGGAAUCAGAACCAUUUCUGGCCUCGGAAAAAAGACCCCAGCUCGAAGCUCUUCUCGAUUAUCAUGAUGACUUCUCUUUUGUCAGGACUACCUCAUCCUCUUCCUCCUUCAAUACCCCUGUUGUCUCUCCCUCCAAUCCCAUGAUGUCUCGUAAGAUCCACCGCUGCAAGACCGCACCCGCCAUCGCCGUCAUGCGAGACCUGAAGCCCCAGCAUAAUCAUAAUCCCAAUUCCCAGUCGUCGUCGGAGGAAUCCACUUCCGGCGGCAUGGUUAGACAGGCGGCUCUCUUGCUUCUACUCUAUCUCUCUCUGGGCGUCCUCAUCUAUUCUUUCAAUCGAGACAAUUUCUCCGGCGUCGAGACCCACCCGGUCGUCGACGCCCUCUACUUCUGCAUCGUCACCAUGUGCACCAUCGGCUACGGCGACAUCGCACCUCUCACGCCGGCCACUAAGCUCUUCUCUUGCUUCUUCGUGCUGGUGGGUUUUGGGUUCAUCGACAUAUUGUUGAGUGGGGUGGUCAACUAUGUCCUUGAUUUGCAAGAGAGCAUGAUCUUGAGGGCUAUUCGAAGACCCAAAAAUGAAAAUCAAAAUCAAUUUGAUGAUAUUGGAUUUGGUCUUGCAAGGAACUACAUCGUUGAUGUAGAGAAGGGCAGGAUGCGAAUCAGAUUGAAGGUGUGUUUGGCUCUGGGAGUAGUUGUACUCAGUAUUGGAAUGGGAACACUGGUGUUGUAUUUUGUGGAGGAUUUGGAUUGGAUUGAUUCGAUUUACUUGUCUGUGAUGUCAGUUACCACUGUUGGGUAUGGAGAUAGGGCCUUCAAGACUCUUCCGGGCCGAUUGUUCGCCGCAAUUUGGCUUCUUUUCUCCACACUGGCUGUGGCAAGAGCCUUUUUGUAUUUGGCUGAGGCACGAAUUGAUAAGAGGCACAGAAGGAUUACCAAGUGGGUGUUGCAUAGGGACAUCACUGUGGAGGACUUGCUUGCAGCUGAUAUCAAUAAUAAUGGCUUUAUCAGUGACGUGACAGCUAUACUAAUGAAGUGCCAGCACCUAGAUGUGCUUUCAGUCAUAAGCAAGACUUCGCCUUUCUAAAUUCUAGUCGCGAGCUUUUGGCAGAGAAAGACUAGACAUUCAGGUGAGCCGACCGGGAAGGUUUGGUACCUAGUGGGUUUGCACCGACUAAAAGAGAGGGUAGCCAGUGAAGUUGAACUAUAGCGACUUGAUGUUGAAGAACAACCAUUGGUUCGGAUGGAAAGCAUGAUACUGCAAAUCCGACAGAGACUCGCUGAACUUGGGAUUAAUGACAAUCAGCAUCAUGAACCAGUUCGAGUUCGCGCCGAUGAUGUUUCUCACGGCCAACUGAAUAUGAUUAACGUUCUUGUACCUUCAAGUGGGCUUCCGGUCUAUGCGUAGUUUUCUAGUGUCAACGACUACAUUAAAGAUGAUGGUAAUUGGAGCAAUCAUGGUAAUUGGAGCAAUCAAUGAUUCUCACAAAGAGAUUGAUUGUAAACAAAAUUUUAUAGUUGCACCUGUUAUAGUUGAAGAUAGUUUGAAAGAGAGAGACAUGGAAUCAUACGAAGUAACAGAUGAUGGCAAGGAGUUGUUUAAUGAAAGGGGGACAAUUUGUGCAACCAAAUUAAUGAUAUGGAUACAAAUUUAAAAGAUAAGGAUAACAAUUCGAAAGAGUUUGAAGAUGACAGUGGCAGUUUUAUCUAUUUUGGAGAUCUAAUUGAAGCAGGGGAACUCAGUGAUGAAUCCUUGCGAAACCGGUUGGAGCCUGACAUAGCUAGUACGUGGUAACAUUGGAGAGAUUAAUUACUACCACGGAUGGUAUAGUUAAAAGUUACUGAAGUUACUAGGUGUGUUGUUGAUGAGACUAAAGAAUCACGUGAGAUGAAUUUUGGGAGCAUAUGGCAUUGUGCAUACAAGAGACAAAUGAGUGCAGGUAUACGUUGCCAUAAAGGACGUAAAGGUUGUCAAAGACAAACCUAAUUUGAUCACGAUACGUUACGGGUCCCACUCCUUCAAUCAGGCAAAGAUAUAGUGGGAAGGAAGUUGAUGCUAGUAGGAAGAAUAUUAUAUUGUCUUGUACGCUUUUCAAUGUGUUUGUGUUUGAGUUUGAUGGAAACAAUGAAGCAUCAACAGGAUAAAUGUUGCAAUAUCAUUGGCUGAGUUCUUCACGAUGUGAACCAAUGGACUUCUACCAAAUUUAUUGGGAGUUGUCUUCAAAGAGAUUGAAAUUUGUUAGUUGUUCAAGUCGGCAAUGGUAUAAAAUCUUGUUCAUACAUAUAAUCCGAAUUAAAAUUUGAGGGCAAAUUUUUUUUUGAAGUGGAUGGGACUGGCGUAUGACAGUUUUAUUAUGUUAUUUAUUUAUUUAUUUUUAUUUUA